GGUUAGUCUGCGAGAGCUGCCCAAGCUUGUUCUCUCAAACAGUCAAAAUGGACGCAAGUCAAACCGGAAUCCAAACCCAAACCCAAACCCAAACCCGAUUCCGGAUUAAGAUCUUGCUGACGUCACUCUCGGCCAUGGUGGCUGAGACUUCCACGUUCCCGAUUGACCUGACCAAGACCAGGAUCCAGCUCCACGGCGAGUCUCAACCUCUCUCCUCCUCCACGCCCUCUACCAACGCGUUUCGUGUCGCUUCCGAAAUAGUUCGCGAACAAGGCGUAUUGGGUCUCUACAAAGGCCUAUCUCCGGCGAUUAUCAGGCACCUUUUUUACACUCCCAUCCGGAUAGUUGGUUAUGAGAAUUUAAGGAAUUUCGUGAGCUCCGAUGGCUCCCUUUCUUUAUCUUCCAAGGCUCUUGUUGGUGGCAUCUCCGGUGUCAUUGCUCAGGUAGUGGCAAGUCCAGCUGAUCUUGUUAAGGUAAGGAUGCAAGCAGAUGGGCGGAUAGUAAGCAGGGGUCUUCAACCUAGGUACAAAGGACCAUUUGAUGCUUUAAAAAAGAUUGUAGCUAUGGAAGGUUUUGGAGGUCUUUGGAAAGGAGUUUUCCCAAAUGUCCAGAGAGCAUUUUUAGUGAAUAUGGGGGAAUUAGCUUGUUAUGAUCAUGCAAAACGUUUUGUUAUCAGUAAUCAGAUAUCUGAUGAUAACAUUUAUGCGCACACAUUGGCAUCGAUCAUGUCGGGUCUCUCUGCUACAGCUUUGAGUUGUCCGGCUGAUGUUGUGAAGACGAGAAUGAUGAACCAAGCAGGCGGCAAGGGGGGGAAUGUGAUGUACAAGAACUCGUAUGAUUGUUUGGUGAAGACGGUGAAAAUAGAAGGAUUAACAGCAUUGUGGAAAGGUUUCUUUCCUACAUGGGCAAGGCUUGGUCCUUGGCAGUUUGUUUUCUGGGUCUCUUAUGAGAAAUUCCGGCAAAUUGCAGGUCUGUCCUCCUUCUGAACAAUGACCUAAUUGGGAUUUAGAUGCAGAUACACUUGCAUGGUGAAUUCAGUUUUGCAUAUACCAGCAAUGUGCUACAAAUGCCAGCAUUUGGCAGAAGAUUUACUAAUGCUGAUGCCCCUUCCAAUCAAUCAUUAAUGAGUGUCAUUCAGUUCCAUCAGUUAUAAGCUAGCAAGCAUUCAUUGUCUACCAUUAUGGAAUUCAAUGUUUUGAGCUUUACUUAUCAGCAACCUUUUACAAAUCCCGAUAAUUAGACACAACUUUGCUUUAUUGCUUAAGUGCAUUGACGCCAGAGUUGUACUGUCCAACUCUCCAUUUAGGCAACCUGUUUCUUCUUUGAGGAUCUGCUUAGGGUUGCUUCCUUUGUAGUCUUUUCAUGUCAUUUCCCAUACAUGGUUAACCCCAUCCUUGAAUGUGAAUGUUGGUGGUCGAGGCCAUGAAGGCAAUGCUAAAUGGGUUUGGAUUCUCUA